GCAUUCACAAAUCCCACAAGAGACGACAUGAACCGACUUUGGCUGCUGCUCGUCGCGUUCCUUCCCGUGGCCCACACCGCCAUCCAGCAAAUUGAACAUCAAUUUGAGGAGUGCAGUUUGACGAAUGCGGUGGAACGGCUGCAGCAAAUCGGAAACGCGUUCCAAGUUCACUUGGAGAAGGUGAAGAAAGCGGAGGAGAAAAUUUCGACGCAGCAAGCGCAGAUGCGCAACUUGGUCGACGGCAUGUUGGAAAAACAUGAAAAGUUGGAGCAACUGGUCAAGAAAUCUACUGAAAAUUACAAGGCGAUGAUGGGGAAAAUUUCCAGUAUUAUGCAAAAGUCAGAGGAAUCGGUGUUGAAAAACAGCGUUGGGAAAAUUGAGGAGUUGAAAGAGCAGAUUUCGCAAUUGACGGAGGCGGAAAAACGGAGCAACGAAACGGCCAAACACCUCCAACAGCAGAUCGAGACGCAGCAACUUCAGAUUUCGAAAUUGUCUGAGGAAAAGUCCCGCAUUGAGGAAAAAGCGCAACAAUCGAAUAACACUUGCAAUUUUGUAAUCCAGACGAAGGAUCGCCUUUUGAAAAUUUGGAAGGAAGCAAGUGGCGUCAAGUUGAAAACCGAGCAAUAGUUCAGGCCUUCAAACAGAGCCUACAAGAACAAUUCAUUUAUUGUAUUUGUAAAUUUCCAAAGAAGUUGCUUUGGAUCUGUAGAAUUUCAAGAAAUAAAUUGUCCUUCAAAAUGGCUUUUGUGUUAACAAAAAUUAUUGAACACCUCCA